CUAAUAAAUUUCAUAUAUUAUUGACCCUUGAACAGAAGAAUAACUUUUGUAACAGAAAUAUUAAAAAUGUUUGGUCAAUAUUGUCAGUAUUUCGUAAGGUUUUGCUCUGAAAGGUCAUAGUUACCCUUUCAAUGUUCUUUGUGUAGUUUUAGUGUUUUCAGUAGAUAGUGCUCUUUGAUUUAGUGAUAUAUUAAGUAUCGUAGUUUAUAUUAAUUAGGUAGCGCUUUUUGAUUAAGUGAUCUGGUUUAAGUUUUAUAUAAUGGAUGACAUUUUUAUGGACGUAGACAGAUUUUUAAGUGUAGAUGACUUUAUAGAAAUGUUCGAAAACGGACAAAUAUGGCCAUGGGGUGAAACCCAUUUCAUUAAACGGGAACUUUGUCCUGGGUGCUACUAUCCAGUGCCUGAUUAUUUGCCAGAACAUUUUAUCAUAGAUUUUAGCAUAAACAAUAAUAUUUUAGCAGUUACCAGUGAGGAAAACUUUUUUUUUUGUGUAAAUUGCCCAAUGGCCGUCUAUGACCACUUUCCCCCGGAUGAGUGUGAAGCAUGUGCUUCAAAUGAAUAAAAUAAG